AUGAGCAAGGCGACGAAGGCGCGCAGCCGCGGCGCGGCCCUCGAGGUCGAGCGCCGGGUCGUGGGCGUCGACGACAUGGUGCUGCUGCCGUCGGUCUCGGACACUGGGAUCCUCGAGAACCUCAAGGCGCGCCACGGCAGCGACCAGAUCUACACCUUCAUCGGGCACGUCUUGGUGUGCGUCAACCCGUACAAGUGGCUCGACAUCUAUGGCGAGCGCACGAUGAAGUACUACGCGCACAAGCAGCGCAUCGACGUGCCACCGCAUGUGUUUGCGACCGCCGAAGAGACGUACCGGACCAUGGUCCGCGAAGAAGAGAACCAGUGCGUCAUCAUCUCGGGCGAGUCGGGCGCGGGCAAGACCGAAGCCUCCAAGCAGAUCCAAAACUACAUUGCUGGCAUCUCGGGCAGCGGCGCCGGUGUCGACAAGAUCAAGCGCACGUUCCUCGAGUCCAACCCGCUCCUCGAAGCUUUUGGCAACGCCAAGACCGUGCGCAACAACAACUCGUCACGCUUUGGCAAGUACUUUGAGCUCCUCUUUGACGCGGCGGGGCGGCCCCAAGGCGGCCAUGUGACCAACUACCUCCUCGAAAAGUCCCGCGUCGUCAAACCCGGGAAGGCCGAGCGGAACUUUCACAUUUUCUACCAAGUGCUCGCAGGCCUUCCGGACGGCGCCCGGUCCAAGUUUGGUCUCGUAGCGUCGCCCAGUGCCUAUGCGUACCUCAAGGUCUCCAACUGCUUUGUGAUCGACGACCUGGACGACGUCGCCGAGUUUGAGGCGACCAUGACGGCCAUGCAGCACGUCGGCAUCAAGAAGAAGCAGAUCGAGCUGGUCGUGCAGACGAUCGCAGCUCUCUUGCACCUCGGCAACGUCGACUUCGAACCGCUCCAAGUCAAGGACGCCGAGGGGUCGCGGCUCCGGGCCGACGCGCGCAGCAGUCUCGACUUUGCCUGCGCGCUCUUGGGGCUGGACGCAGUAGCGUUGGAGCGCGCGUUCAGCUACAAGUGGCUGCACACCAUGGCACCGGGCGGGAAGGUCGAGAGCUACGAGGUGCCGCAGAACCCGGACCAAGCUCGGAGCCAGCGCGACGCGAUCGCCAAGCACAUUUACGAGAGUCUCUUUGACUUCCUCGUCGAGCGCGUCAACCAUGCGUUGGAUAUUGAAAAGCAGAUGGAGCGGUCGGACGCGAGCAGUAUCGGGAUUCUCGACAUCUACGGCUUUGAGAUCUUUGACCUGAACGGGUUUGAGCAGUUUUGUAUCAACUACGUCAACGAAAAGCUGCAGCAAAUCUUCAUCGAGCUCACGCUGCAGUCGGAGCAAGCCGAGUACGCGCGCGAAGGGAUCGCGUGGACGCCGAUUCCGUUCUUCAACAACAAGGUGGUCUGCGACCUCAUUGAAGCCCGGACCCCGCCCGGCAUCUUCUUCAUUCUUGACGACACGAUCAAGACGAUGCACAGCCGCCAAGGCGACAGUGUUGACGCGACCUUCCUCGACAAGCUCUCGACGAUCCACAAAGGCCACCCGCAUUUCUCCAAGCGCGGCCGUGUCUUUGAGAUCAAGCACUACGCCGGCAACGUGCAGUACAACAUUCUCGGGUUCGGCGAGGCCAACAAGGAGAGCUUGACCAAAGACAUUCAGAGUCUUCUCGGCCAGAGCAGCAACAAGCUCCUCCAGUACCUCUUUGGGUCCAUCGACCUCGACGCGAAAGCGGUGACCGCCGGCACCAAGAUCCGCACACAGUGCGCGGCGCUCGUGACGGCGCUCAUGGAAUGCCAGCCCCACUACGUGCGCUGCAUCAAGUCGAACGACCACAAGCAACCCAACUCGGUCGACGACAAGCGCGUCUUGCACCAGAUCCAGUACCUCGGGCUCCUCGAAAACGUCAAAGUGCGCCGCGCGGGGUAUGCGUACCGCGGUGACUAUGGCCGGUUCCUCGACCGCUUCAAGUGGCUCUCGAAGGAGACGUCGCCCGACUUUGCCGGCUCGGACGCCCACGGCGCCAAAGCCAUUGUCAAGGCCGCCAUCAAGUCGAUUCCGGCGCUCAAAGACGAGGUGCAGUGGGGCAAGAGCAUGGUGUUCAUUCGGACGCCAGAGACGUACUUUGCACUCGAGCAGCUCCGCGACGCGACCUUCGGCAAGUACGUCGUCAAGAUCCAGCGGGCGUGGGUCAAGUACGCGGGGCGGCGCCACUUGCUCUCGCUCGCUGCCGACAUUGCCAAGCUCUACAACGCCAAGGGCAAGGGUCGCCAGCGGGUGAGUCUGUACCGUCCGUUCGACAAUGAUUAUUGCCGUCAAGACGAGGUCCGCAAUAGCGUCUGGACUAUUUUGCGCUACUACGGCGACCCGGAGAAGAUCCUCUUUUGGGACGCGAUCGAAAAGGUCGGUGCGCGUGGCGAGCGUCUGCCGCGGCACUUGGUCGUCACAGCCGCGUACGUCUACCUCUUUGAGCAAGCGAGUCCGAUGUCCUUGGCUGUGAAACCCGACGUCAAGCCGCCGCCGUUCUUGUCGUUGCGCCGGCGCAUUCCAUUUGCAGCGAUCGAGUCGCUCGUGCUGAGUCCGAACGCUGACCCGUUUCUCGUUGUACGCAUGACGCCGCCGCCCGUGCUAGCGACGCCGGACGCCUCCCACUGGAAGGAAAACAAGGCGGCACCCGCGUGCAUGAUGACGCACAAGAAAUUUGGGCUCUUUACGCGCCGGCACCACUGCCGCUUCACGGGCAACAUCUACUGCGCCGACGUGUGCAGCCAGCUCUGCGUCGUGCCCGACCGCGGCUACUACUCGCCCGUGCGCGUCGUCGACUCGGUCGUCGGCUUCUUCUCGACCGAAGUCAUGGAAGAUCAGCUGUGGCUCUGCGAAAAGAAGACGGAGCUCGCGGUGCUCCUCGUACACGCCAACCCGAGUAUCAAGAUCGACUUUGAGACGCAGGUGCGGCUCCGGACAAGCUCCGUUCUGAGUUCGAGUCCGGCCAUGCCCAUUACAUUUGGAACUGGCCCCGACGUUCGCGUCACGGCGACGCCGACGGGCCUCGACGCACUUGGCGCAGCGUCCGACCUCGUGCCCGACAAGUACGUAAAAGCCCGCCGCAAGCGCGAGCGCGAGCGCCAGAAGAAGCGCGACGCCGAGCGCGAGAUCGAGAUGGCACAGCGGUCGGCGCGCCAGGCCCAGCGCGAAAAAGAGCGCGAAGACGAUCGGUUGCGCCGCGUCGCCGAGAAGAAGGCGCGCAAGCAGCAGGAAAAGGAAGCGAAGAGCACGACUCGCCGGAGCUCGUCCAACAAGACGCUCAACGUGCGUCAGUUUGGCGAAGUGGCCGCGCCAGCCACCGGCAGCAAUGUCAACAGCGAGCUCGCUGCGAUCCUCGCCCGCCGCCGCAACCAGGGCUAG